AUGAAGACGGCCAAGUCCACUCUCGUCCCUGCUCUCGUUGCGGCGGCGGCGCUCGUUCAGCCUGCCAUGGCAGAUUGGCAGUUCCGCUCCCGUCCCGACCUCGCCCCUCCGAGGCUCAACAUCACGAUCCCAGCCACGGAUGCCGUUGAGCCGGGCUAUCUCUUCCUCGCUCCGUUUGCCGGCCUGGUCGACACCCCGACCGAGCAACACGGUCCUCGCCAGGCCGGCCCCUACAUCUUCAGGGACAAUGGAGAUUUGGUCUGGUCCGGGUACGGUAUAUACAGUAUCUGGUCCACCAACUUCCAAGCCGGCCGUUGGAAUGGCAAGGAUGUAUUGUUCUCGUUCGAGGGUGAUCAUAACCCCGGGUAUGGCCAUGGCCACGGGCACAUCACCUUUGUGGACCAGCACUAUGAAACGAUCCGUGAGCUCCGCGCAGGGAAUCACAAGCUUGUUGAUAAGCAUGAGUUCCAUAUUGUCAACGAGGAGACUGGUCUGAUCCAGGUCUAUCAGCCUGUCCCUCGUGAUCUGACUGAGUGGGGAGCGAGUCCUGAGCAACAGUGGAUUGUCAACGCCAUUAUCCAAGAACUUGAUAUCUCCACCGGCGAGUUGCUAUUCGAGUGGGCAAGCUUGGAUCAUGUCCAGCCAGACGAAGCCAUCCUCCCCAUCAACCCAGGACAGGCCGGCUCCGGCUACAACUCUUCCGACGCAUGGGAUUACUUCCACAUCAACAGCGUCGACAAGGACGCCUCGGGCAACUACCUCAUCUCCGCCCGCGACGCCUGCGCCAUCCACAAGAUCAACGGCACCGACGGCUCCAUCAUCUGGCGCCUCCACGGAACUCGCUCCGACUUCAAGAUGGCCAACGGCACCGAGUUCUGCUUCCAGCACCACGCCCGCUGGCUCGCCCAGGACGACGACAUCGAGGUCAUCAGCCUCUACGACAACAGCGCCCACGGCACAGAGCACAACGACGGCUCAGAAGUCCACACCGCACCCACCUCGAGCGGGAAGAUCCUGCGCCUCAACACCACCUCCUGGACCGCCGAGCUCGUCGGCGCCUACUUCCCACCCGACGGCCUGCGCUCCAAGUCCCAGGGCAGCACCCAGGUCCUCCCGGGGGGCAAUGUCCUCGUCGGCUGGGGCUCCUCAGGCGCCGUGACCGAGUUCUCCGCCAACGGCGAGCCCCUAUUCCACGCGUACAUGGACUCGGGCGCUCUGGGCGUCGCCGUGGAGAACUACCGCGCCUUCCGGUACAACUGGACGGGCGUGCCCAGCGAGGAGCCCGCCAUCGUCGCGCUGGCCAACGCUAAGAAGCACACCACGACCAUCUACGUCUCAUGGAACGGCGACACAGAGACGACCGCGUGGCGCUUCUUCGCCGUGGUGGACGGCAAGGGCUCGCGCGAGUUCCUCGCCGAGGUGCCCCGGACGAGCUUCGAGACCAGCCUGGCCGUCCGCGGCGCGAGCUUCCUAUCCGUCGCUGCCGUUGCCGUCGACGCCCGCGGCAGGGUGCUCGCGAACACGGCUGUGGUCCGGACGGAGCGGGAGAUUCUGCCGUACAAGUCUGAGUUGGUCCCCUCGCCUGCCCCCGGGAGCCAGAUGGUCAUCACCCAUGAAUCCCCCAAGCAUACCGGCAGGUGGGCAAAGGGUGGAGCUUACUGGCAGCUCAGCCAGAACGACGAUCUGUGA